AUGAUUUAUCAUAUCCACACAGAACUGAAGGAGGAGAAGAAACAAAGAGAAGCCGAAGCAAAGAGAAAACGAUUGGAAGAGGCAGAGAAGAAACGACAAGCCAUGGCAGACGCCAUGCAAAAGCAAAAGUUGCAAGAACCUGUAAAAAGAAAUUUUAUUAUACAGAAGAAAGAGGGCGCUUCCGUUACUCAUGCAGGCCUAGGAUUUGAUAAGAUGAGCAGCGCUCUCUUUGCAGAAACCGAAAGAGGAAAGACGAAAGAGCAGCUGGCAGCAGAUAAGGAAGUCUGUUUGCAAAUGCGCGUCAAACCUCUAGAGCUGGAAGGAUUAUCCGUCGACGAACUCCGCCAGAGGGCCAAUGAGCUCUGGAACAAGAUCUCCACAUUAGAAAGUGACAAAUACGACUUGGAAGAGCGUCAGAAGCGCCAAGAGUAUGAUCUAAAAGAACUGAAUGAGCGACAGAGGCAAAUCAACCGAAACAAGGCAUUGAAGAAAGGAUUAGACCCUGAGGCUCUGUCCGGAAAGUACCCGGUAAGAAUAACAUAAUCUUGGUUUGCACGUGGUCGUAUAGGGAACUGUUUACAGUAAC